AUGGGAAGUGGGGAGCCUAAUACUGCUGGCAAGAAAAAGAAGUACCUCAAGGCUGCCCUGUAUGUAGGUGACUUGGACCCUGAUGUCACAGAGGACAUGCUCUAUAAGAAGUUCAGACCUGCUGGCCCACUACGCUUCACUAGAAUCUGCCGUGACCCAGUGACCCACAGUCCCCUGGGUUAUGGUUAUGUUAACUUCCGCUUUCCUGCAGAUGCUGAAUGGGCAUUGAACACCAUGAAUUUUGAUUUAAUUAAUGGUAAACCAUUUCGCCUCAUGUGGUCACAGCCAGAUGACCGUUUAAGGAAGUCUGGAGUUGGAAAUAUAUUCAUCAAAAACUUGGAUAAAACCAUAGACAAUAGGGCCCUAUUUUAUUUAUUUUCAGCUUUCGGGAACAUUCUUUCCUGUAAAGUCGUAUGUGAUGACAAUGGCUCUAAGGGUUAUGCUUAUGUUCACUUCGAUAGCCUUGCUGCUGCCAAUAGGGCCAUCUGGCACAUGAAUGGAGUCCGGCUCAAUAACCGCCAGGUGUACGUUGGUCGAUUCAAAUUUCCUGAAGAGAGAGCAGCAGAAGUCAGAACCAGAGACAGAGCAACAUUUACAAAUGUUUUUGUAAGAAACUUUGGAGAUGACAUAGAUGAUGAAAAACUAAAGAAACUUUUCAGUGAAUAUGGGCCAACUGAGAGUGUUAAAGUAAUAAGAGAUGCCACUGGGAAAUCUAAAGGCUUUGGAUUUGUAAGAUAUGAAACACAUGAAGCUGCCCAAAAGGCUGUGCUAGAACUGCAUGGCAAGUCAAUAGAUGGAAAAGUCCUAUGUGUAGGGAGAGCACAGAAGAAAAUUGAACGCCUGGCUGAAUUAAGGCGGAGAUUUGAACGGCUGAAACUAAAAGAAAAAAGUAGGCCUCCAGGAGUGCCUAUCUAUAUUAAGAACUUGGAUGAGACUAUCAAUGAUGAGAAACUAAAGGAGGAAUUUUCUUCAUUUGGAUCAGUCAGUCGGGCCAAAGUGAUGAUGGAAGUGGGGCAAGGCAAAGGGUUUGGUGUUGUCUGUUUUUCUUCUUUUGAAGAGGCUUCCAAAGCAGUGGAUGAGAUGAAUGGUCGUAUAAUAGGCUCCAAGAUAUUGCACGUCACUCUUGGACAAGCUAGACACAGGUGGUGA